AUGACGUACGCGGGCGAGAAGCGCGAGCGCGACGAGCCUCUCCUGAAGAUCAAGAAGCUCAGCGAGCACGCAACGAUCCCUGCGCGCGGCUCCAAGGGCGCUGCUGGCUACGACCUCUCAGCGGCCCACGACACCGUCGUGCCCGCCCGCGGCAAGGAGCUGGUCAAGACGGAUCUCUCCAUCGCCAUCCCGGAGGGCACGUACGCCCGCAUUGCCCCGCGCUCGGGCCUGGCCUGGAAGAACUUCAUCGACACCGGCGCCGGCGUAGUGGACUUCGACUACAGGGGCCCCGUCGGCGUGAUCCUGUUCAACCACGGCGACACGGACUUCGCGGUCAAGCGCGGCGACCGCGUGGCGCAGCUCAUUCUAGAGAAGAUCGUGACGCCCGAGGUGGUCGAGGUCGAGGACCUGGACAGCACCGACCGGGGCGCGGGCGGGUUCGGGUCCACCGGGGUGGCGCGCAACCAGUGA